CUUGUGGUAAUAGGGUUUUAUAAUACAACUGCGAAGUUCUCUCUCCGUAUUUUUUUUCCAGUUACCUCAUAUUGUUUUUAAGUAGGCUUUAAUAAUUUACCUUGUCAUUGGAAAUCUGGUAUUUCUACAAAGUUGAAUGAUAGAAACAGAUAGAUAUUCGCAAAGGCAACUCCGCCCGCAAUCUCUAGAUAAACUGGAUAUCUCCAAUAUCACACCACUGAGCCCUGAAGUAAUUAGCCGGCAGGCCACGAUUAAUAUCGGUACUAUAGGCCACGUCGCCCAUGGUAAAUCGACCUGCGUCAAAGCAAUCUCUGGCGUUCAGACAGUUCGUUUUUCAAGUGAAAAAAUCCGUAACAUAACUAUAAAGUUGGGAUACGCCAAUGCUAAAAUUUACAAAUGCGACAACCCUAAAUGUCCCCGACCCGGCUGCUAUCGUUCGGCUCCUAGCAAUAAAGAGGAUACUUUUUCUUGUGAUCGAGAGGGUUGCAAUGGCUCCUUCCAGUUACAGCGGCACGUCUCUUUUGUAGAUUGUCCCGGUCACGACAUUCUUAUGGCUACUAUGCUCAACGGGGCUGCUGUAAUGGAUGCCGCGAUGCUACUGAUUGCCGGAAACGAGUCCUGCCCGCAGCCUCAAACUUCCGAGCAUUUGGCCGCCAUUGAAAUAAUGAAGCUUCGGCAUAUUUUAAUUCUUCAGAAUAAAGUUGAUCUUAUAAGAGACAACCAAGCUAUUGAGCAGUUCCAAGAAAUUCAGAAAUUCGUGGCUGGCACAGUUGCGCAGGAUGCUCCCGUCAUUCCCGUAUCGGCUCAGAUGAAAUUAAACAUUGAUUGUGUUUGCGAGUACAUAUGCAACAAAAUUCCUAUUCCCGUACGAGAUUUAACAUCCGCUCCCCGGCUAAUAAUAAUACGUUCCUUUGAUGCAAACAAGCCGGGAACUGAGGUAGAUGAUAUUCAAGGCGGUAUAGCGGGAGGUUCCAUUAUGUGCGGAGUUCUGAAAGUUGGUAUGGAAAUUGAGAUCCGACCUGGCAUUGUUUCCAAAAAUGAAGAUGGCUCUGUUCGCUGUCUCCCGCUUACUUCAAGGAUAGUGGCUUUGAGAGCAGACGAAAACGCUUUGCAGUACGCUAUUCCUGGAGGGCUUAUAGGCGUUGGCACUAAAAUUGAUCCAACUUUGUGCCGAUCGGAUCGAAUGGUAGGACAAGUUCUUGGGAUUAAAUCACACAUGCCGGCUAUAUACACGGAGCUCCAGCUCAGCUUUCACUUGCUGAGGCGGCUUCUCGGGGUUCGCACUGGUGCUGAUAAAAAACAAGCCAGAGUCACCCAAUUGCAAAAGAAUGAAGUUUUAAUGGUAAACAUCGGAUCUCUUUGCACGGGCGGAAGAGUCAGUAACUUUAAGGGCGACAUGGCUAAGAUUGUAGUAACCCAGCCGGUCUGUACAGAACCCGGAGAAAAAGUUGCGCUGAGUCGAAGAGUUGAUAAGCACUGGCGAUUAAUUGGUUGGGGACAAAUUCAAGCGGGAAAAGAGAUAAGCGUUUCCAGUUAUUAAGGAAAAAAAGAGAAAGUGAAAAGCACAAGAAAUUUAUUUCUUUUGUCUUAAAAUUAUC